UUUAGAAAGUGGUUUCACUUGGCCAUUUUCUAGAGUGACAGUAGGAGUGAGUCAGCGGCCCAAGCUCUCAGUCUACGGGACUUUAUCAAAGACCUAGGCCUACAUGACCUAGGUUACCAAGGGAUCAGUUUACAUGGGCAAACAAACGAAUGGGCUCUGCUUGUAUCAGGGAGCGUUUGGAUAUGGCUCUAUGCCCCCAAUCUUGGGUUGAUAGCUUCCCAGAAAUCCUGGUUAAGCAUUUUACGGAUCAGGUUUCGGAUCAUCGUGCUCUCCUACUCUCCGAUAAAGCUUACAUUCGCAAUAGUCAUCCCCUUUUCCGUUUCGAUGCCCGCUGGGCUGAUAACCCGGAAGUCAAGGCUAUGGUGACCUAUGUCUGGCAAGAGGAUAUUCCGGGGACCCCUAUGUUCCGUCUUUGGGAACGUCUUAAACGACUACGCCACUUGCUCUAUGAUUGGAGUAGGGCUGUUACUACAAACUCCCUGCGUAACGUCAAAGCUCUCUAGGCAGAAAUUGAUCGGAUCAAACUGACUCACCCUAUUGACUGGGAUACGAUAAGGGGUCUGGAGACAGAGCUUAAUCGCUAAUGGGAGGCCGAGGAGGUCUAGUGGCAGCAAAAGUCGCGGGUCCGAUGGUUAAAAAAGGGGGAUAAAAAUAGUGCUUAUUUCCAUACAGUUACGAGAGCUCGUCGUAAAAGAAACUUUAUUUCUGGCUUUCGUGCUGAAAAUGACAUGUGGAUUACGGAGGAGACUGGGAAGGCGGCCAUUGCCACUGGUUUUUACCAUACUCUCUUUACGUCGGAAUCUCAAGUUCCGAAUAUGGCAGACAAGGUGGCAGCUCUCCCCAUCCCUAGUAAUGUUACACCAGAAAUGAAUGCUAGUCUGACGGCUGAGGUUCAAUCUGAGGAGAUUCGAAGAACAAUUUUCUCGAUGGGGUCUAAGCAAGCUCCGGGAUCUGAUGAAUUCACGGGCAAAUUCUUUAAAGCUUUCUGGGACAUUGUGGGGGAGUCGGUAGUUGCAGUUGUAUGUUCGUUCUUUUUAACGGGAAGGAUGCUCCGCAGCUUUAACCACACAUGGCUUACCUUAAUCCCCAAAGUGGAUACGGUGGAGACAAUGAAACAGCUAUGUUCGAUCAGUCUAUGCCAGUUUGUAUAUAAAAUUAUAACCAAGAUCAUGGCAAAACGGCUGGCCUGUCUCCUCCCCCAGAUCAUUUCGGAAGGCCAGAAUGCAUUCAUUAGGAAAGGGUACAUGGCUCUAAAGGUUGACAUGGAAAAGGCCUAUGAUAGAGUCGAAUGGCCUCUUCUUCUUGCAGUUUUGGAUAAGAUGGGCAUUAAUUCGGUAUGGCAAGGAUGGGUCCUGAAGUGUCUCCGGUCUUCAUCUUUCACGGUCCAUAUGAAUGGUACCCCGUCGAGCUACUUUUCUCCUUCCGGGGGACUUUGGCAGGGAGAUCCGCUAUCCCCCCUCCUAUUUGUGCUCUGCACGGAGGGAUUUGCGGCUCUCCUAAGCAAGCCAUUUCCGAGCGGAAGCUGCAGGGAGUCAAAGUGGUGCCAUGUGCCCAGAAUUUUCCACCUUUUUUUUGCUGAUGAUUCUUACUUAUUUCGGCGAGACAAUCUUCAGGAAUGUGAGAAUCUGAUCGAGGUCUUAAAAGAAUAUGAGGAGCAUAGUGGCCAACGUGUAAAUCUAGCAAAAUCGGCAGUUUUCUUUAGCAAAAAUAUUGCACUGCCCGACCAGGAUUUAUGGGCUGCGAUUCUGGGGGUAAGGGCGGUGGGUGUCCACGAUAAAUACCUUAGUUUGCCUAAGCUAAUUGCCCGGUCUAAAAUGGCUACAUUUCGCUAUUUAGAGGAGAAGUUACUAAAAAGGCCCAUGGAAAUUCUGAUUAAGUCCAUUACCUUAGCUCCCUGCAUGUGAUGUCCUGCUUAGGCUUCCUCUUUCUUUAUGUCGUCUGUUGGAUAGACAUGUGGCUCAAUUUUGGUGGGGAGCCGAGGCAGGUCAUUCGAAGAUUCGAUGGGUGUCCUGGCGAAAUAUGUGCAGGAGUAAGCAUGAGGGGGGAUGGGUUUUCGCCGAUUUGAGCACUUCAACCAGGUCCUAUUGGCUAAAAUUGGGUGGCGGAUUCUCUCGGAACCCCAGUCUCUUCUGGCCCAGGUUUAUAAGGGGAAAUACUUCCCGACUAGGACCUUCCUCACAGCUAAGGCUCGUUCUCGCCUGUCAUGGGGCUGGCAAAGCAUCCUGUUUGGGAGACAGCUGUUGGAGAUGGGCUUACGAUGGCAAAUUGGCAAUGGUCGAUCCGCGUCUUUACUCCAUUCUAAUUGGAUUCCUCGUCUCCAGCUGGAUCCUCCUCAAUACAACCCUCAGGUGCUGCCUGAGGGGGGCACCCGUUGGUUGCGGAGGUAAUUAGACCAGGGGAGGGGCAUUGGUGCGACCUUAAACUCUGCCAAUGGUUCAACCCGCCUACCUGUCGUGCAAUUAAGGCCAUUCCCCUCACGCGUCAGGAUGUAGAAGAUCGGUUGAUAUGGCAUGAUACUUCAGAUGGGGUGUUCUCGGUCAAGUCGGUCUAUCACUUAGCGGUCUCGUUAGACAAAAGGAGGGGUGGUUGGAAGUCUACCGCUAGCUGGAUGGAUAAGGCUAGUUGGAUUCGUUUGUGGGAGGCAGACAUUCCCCCCAAGCUGAAAGUAUUUGUUUGGCAGAUCCUGAACCGUGCCCUGCCAACUAUGGAGGCCCUAAUAGAGAAGAAGGUUGAUGUGCACCCCCGGUGUCCGGUUUGCUGGGAUAGUUCUGAGACUAUGGAACACUUGUUUCUCUAUUGCCCGGUGGCUCGUGCCCUCUGGGGUUACUCUGGCCUGGACUAUCUGGGGGAAGGAUUGCCUCGUCAAACAUUCCCACUAUUUCUUAAAAAAAGUUGUUGGCCUUGCUACAUCAGCCAUCGUUGUUCAUGGAGGUUGUUGUCAUCCUUUGGCGAAUCUGGCGAUCUCGUAACUGGGUUGUCUUUGAAGGCAAACAGUUUGGGGUCCAGGUCUUAAUGCGACAGUUUAUUCAGCAAUAUGAGGAAUGGGUCAGCUUGUCGAAGAGCUCCGUCCUGCAUCCUCCUCCCUCUGAGCCUUCACACCAGGAUACAGUUGGUGCCCCGCGUUUUGUCUGUAUAUGGGAUGGAGCCAGAAGGAGUGGGUCGCACUCGACCGGGGGCAUGUUUAUUCUUAGUCCAGCAAGGCCGGUUCUUAUGGCAAAGGGGGUCCACUUCCUGGUCAUAGAUGACCCAAUGAUGGUCCAAUUACUUAGCCUCCGUGAGGCGAUUAUGUGGUGCCUAGGGCAGGGCCUCCUGGAUGUACGCUUUGAGGGGGAUGCAAAAGUGGUUAUUGAUAAAAUCAAACUUCGUGACACCAAUGAUAGUGUGGGGGUGGGGGGGGGGGGGGGGGCAUUAUUGCGGAGAUAGCACUUUGUUUUGCCUCUCACCCUGGGUUUAGUAUUCGAUUUGUAGGUCGGCGUAGUAUUAGGGUAGCCCAUUCGGUGGCUAGAAAGGCCCUUUCAUUGUACCUGACUAUGAGUCGUUCCUUUGAUUUCCAUGCCUGACUGAAUUCUAGGAUGUAACGACCUAUUUUGUUGAAUUAAUGAAUGAUCCUUUUGUAAAAAAAAAAGAUACAAGUUCAGAUUGUACAAUAAGAGAAUUUGUACAAGUUCGGUUUGUACCAUAGAGAAAUUUACACAAAAAAUUAGAAAUACAAACUGAAUUUGUAU